CUCUGCCUUGCUUGAAAUUCUACCGACAUGCCUCCAACCUAAUGGGGCUUCUCUCUUCUCUUCCGUAAAAUUUCAUGCUCUUCCUCCUUCCUUACUUCCGUCACUCCCAUACAGGAAACAAUUCAGACAAACAGGAUAAACUUGCAAAUCAUCGUUUGGAUAAUUUCGGAGGCUUCAUAUGGCCAUGCAAACUGUUUAUUUCAAAGAACAUGAAGGAAUUGUUCGCAAUUCCAUUGGGCAAUUGUCGUCAGCAACCUCAGCCCCUUGGUGGACUGCCCUUGGAUCUCAAGCAGCUCAACAUGAGUCUUUUGGCCAAAUGAAACCUUUUUCACUGGACUUUCCCAACUAUGCCGACCAUCUUACUGGCCCGAAGCAGCCAGGAAGAGCAGCCCAUCAGGUUCUGGAUAAAGGACACACCACACAGUUCACUAUCUUCCCAGAAGAUUGCGAGAUGUCAGAUGAUACACAAAAGCAUCAGGCAGUCAUGUCACUUCAUUCAUCCUCUCCUGAGCCUCGUGGUCAUUUUGAGAUAAAAUUUAGCCAGCCUGUGAUCUGUUCAAAAUAUCCUUACAUGGAUCGAUUUUAUGGGCUCAUCUCAACAUAUGGACCUCAGAUUCCGGGCCGUUUAAUGCUGCCACUUAACUUGACAUCCGAUGAUGGGCCAAUUUAUGUAAAUGCUAAACAGUAUCAUGGGAUCAUCAGACGUCGGCAGUCACGUGCAAAGGCUUUACUUGAGAAUAAAUUGACAAAGCGCCGCAAGCCCUAUAUGCAUGAAUCGCGUCACCUCCAUGCAAUGAGACGACCAAGAGGAUGCGGUGGUCGCUUCUUGAACACAAGAAGUCUGAAGAAUGGGAAUGGUGAAAGCGGAAGCACAGUGAUCAAAACUGGGGAGGGUCUGUUCCAGUCUAGUGGUUCUCAGAGUUCUGAAGUUCUGCAAUCAGAUGGUGGAACUCUGAAUUCAUCAAAGGAAAUAAAUAGCAGCAGUUCAAGUAUUUCAGGGUUUGAUGUGACUAGCAUGUAUGCACGUGGAACUUUCGAUAGCUUUGGCCUCAAUCAUGGGGGAUCCUCCGUGCACUCUCUUGCAGACAUGAUAGAUAGUGGACGUGGCAUUGCCAUGCCUGCGAAAUGGGUUGCAGCAGCUGGUAACUGCUGCAAACUGUAAGCCAGAAGGCCAGGGAAACAAGUGCCGUGACUAGAUACUGCGAUAGGCUUCGUUGUGGAGGCUGGGUCUACCAUCUGGUCUGAAGGCAAAUCAUCCCUGGCUAGGGCAACCCAUCCUUGGCUAAUUAAGGUAAACCAUCCUUGGCUAAUUAGGUGAGCCAUCUUUGGCUCAUCAAUUAUAUGUACUGUAGUACUGUCUCGGUCUUUCUGAACAGACCUGUCUUGGCGUGGUUAGGCAUGUCCAUGACCUGAUCCUGUUCCAGUUGACCGUAGUGUGUAAUAAGAACUUGAUCCUCUAGUUGACUGUGUGCGCUUUUUUAAAUUAUGUCUAGGCGUGUUUUAUUCCCGAACUUGUGACUUUAGAUCAAUGUAUCAUAAUAAGACUU